UUAACAUCUUUGUUGCUAUUGUAUUGUGAAGUAAGGUUAUUAAAUCUAAAUUCCGGGUCAAAUGUGGCAGAAAUGAAAGCCAAUUAAUAGAUUAAUUGGUGGGAUUUAUAUAUACAUGUCUCGCGUCGAGGGUACUUAGUCAUUUGAAUAUCUUGUGUGACUAAAAAAUGCCGCCCAGCGCGAAAGACGCGUUUGUAAUUCUAUUUGAUGUUAAUACCAAAUGCAAAAGCGAAGCCCUGUCAGUGCUAUCUCACAUUUUGUUUCUAAAAGAGUUAUCAGCCUCGAAGGAUUUGCCCAAAGUAUUUCUUUUGAACACAAGUACAACUGAGAACAAGCAAGGAUUUGAAGGCAUCGCCUAUCUGGAUCUACAAGAAUUAAAAACUACCAUUGUUUUGCAAGAAAUAUCAAGUUACGGAAUCGGCAAAAGUAAUUGGCUUGAAGCAUUCGAACUUGGUAUUGGUGUUUUAAAAGAAUGCUAUUUAACAAAUCAAUUUGUGACUCUGCAACUUCUAUUGAUUACCGACUUCAGUUCAGCUACCGAUCAAUUGUUAAAUGUGUCCAAAAAUGUUAUAGAAGAUAUAAAUUACUAUGACAUAUUUUUAUAUAUUGUAGGCCCAGAUGUAGGCCCAUUAAGUACUAUAAUUUCUCAAAAAGAUAUAAUCAAUUGGAAAAACACAAUGGUUGGUCACUCAAGUGAUUCAAAAUUUGCGGCAGUUGCUAAUCUAAUCAAAAGAACACAUCACUCACUGAUGUGCGACUACAAAUGUGGUGUGCAUUUAUUCAAUUCCUUCAAGUAUCAGAUGGGCAUGCAACCAUGGACAAUUCCAUUAAGUAUGGGAAGUUGCCUCGAGUUGCCGGUCCAUACUUUAAGGAUAAUCAAAGAAGAACCUCCAUUCAAAUUAUUGUCAGAAGCAAAGAAAGUUUCGGGUAUUGUAAAAUGGGUUUAUGCAGAUGAUGAGGAAACACAAGUUAAUUAUGAAGAUACUGUUGGUGGAUUAAUCAGACAUGGAAAAUUUGUGCAAAUUGAAACAGAUGAUAUGUUUAAAGUACAUGAACCGAGAAGUUUUUCAAUUGUGGGAUUUACGAGUAAAAAGAAUAUUCCAGAGUGUUUGUUCCAAACAGACAGUUCCUAUUUAGUGUUGCCCAAUAUGCGGGAUCCUGAUGGGUUUUCGGAAAUCUUCUUCUGUUUGGUAGAUGUCUUAUCAUCAGCUAAUAAGUAUGCCAUUGCCCGAAGAGUGUACAAUGCUAACAACAAUCCAAAGUUCGUGGCUCUUAUUCCAGAGACAUUUGAAAAUGUGAAGGGUUUUAUUAUGUUCGAGUUGCCUUAUGCGGAAGAUGUUGCUUACAACUACUACGAAAAGGAUGAGGCAACUGCCAAAUUAAUUAAACAGGACAAAGAAAUAUGUGAAUUCCUGGAAGGAAUGGAUAUUACCAAACAACACUGCAAAAUGGUCAUACCAUUAGGACCAAGUAUGAUGGUUGAUCCCAGUUGUAUUGAUAUUCUUAGGAAGGUCGAAAGUAAACUCUUGGAAAGGCCCUCACAGUUUUUGAAAAUUGAACCAACUUCUCUGGACACGCAGAUGAGCGAGGCCUUAUUGUCUUGUUGGCCGCAACGGGAAAAGGUUGAGUUGAAAAAAGAAGAAAUUGAUAUGGGCGACGAUUUUGAUGAAAUUGGCGAUUUUUCAUUCGAGUAAAUUUGUUUAUAACUCACCAAUUAACAUCACAGUGUGACAAAUUAUAAAUUCGCUUGACCGUUACUUGCUUACUCGAAACGAGAGCGUGGAAUUUUGUAGGUGUAACCAAUUGUUUUAUGUUGCCGCGCUUCUUGUUCAUAGCUUGGAGGCGUAGAAGUAAAUUAUUGUUUACCUUUAAGAAUUAUAACUUAUUUAAAUUAAAUCUCUAUCUGUAAAAUAUAGAUAGUUUAGAAAAAGGACCUUUGUUUUUGUCUAACAUAAACAGCAACAAAUAAACUCAAUUUCAGUUUCAGUUUAUUCCAUAAAAUAAGAAUAUUAAAAAGCUUUUGAAUUUUGGGAAUGAACUUACAUCCGAAAAAGUGUUAUACUACAUUUUCAUCUUAAAAUUGGACCAAUUUUAGCUAAUUAGUUACCUGAAUUUGGAUUAGGAUUUAGCUUUAGGACCCGCAACCACCCGUGCACCCGUGAUAUAUUCUAACAAGGGUAUGGACGCCAUCCCGAGUCACUAUUCUGGAAUUUUAGGGAAUAUCCUGUUUC